UUCAAGUAAUUACAACUUGUAGUUCAACUAAUUACUUACUACUUCAAGUUCAAGUGAAGUUUGCAAGACAGUAUACUGCAAUACUUGCUGAACUAUACCGGUACCCCAGUAAUGAUCACCAAUACUAAAAUGUGAUCGCCUGGGGAAAGCAUCUAUGACACUGGCUUUGAAGCUAUUAUGUCUUUCCUGAACGUUCCCAAGGCUGGAUUUCCAGCUUCAGGAUCACCUCAAAAGCUCGGUCAGGGAAGUCUGAGCAAAAAGGUACAGUUGGACAAAGGUUACAGUCUGCAUGACUGGAUUGUUUUGCAUAACGAUCGCAGCAAGGACUUGACAUCGGUGGGCGGUGGAUUCAAGAGAGUGUCGGUGGCAGAAUUGCAACAGCACAAUCAAAUUGAAAAUGCUUGGACUGCAAUACGAGGCAAAGUGUAUAAUCUUGCACCGUACAUGCGCUACCAUCCAGGAGGUGCUGAUGAGCUCAUGAGAGCGGCUGGCCGAGAUGGAACUCAGCUGUUUGACCAGUACCACGCGUGGGUGAACAUUGAAACUAUGAUGGAGCGGUGUGUUGUUGGCUUUCUCGUCGGUGACGAUCUGAGUGCUAUCCGUGAGCGCCGGAAAGCACAGAGCAAGCCGGCCGAUCCUCAGUCAGGAGCAGCAAUCGAUCCUGCUAUUGGUCAAGGCCAAAAACCCAGGUUUGACUGGUAUCAAUCUGCGCAGGUUGUCAACAUUGUAUUCAUGAGUCAGUACGACCUCCAUGAAGACAACAUCAUUGCAUCGCUAGAUUCGUCUGGUUCUUUGCUGGAGGUUGUGGCUGUUCUAGGUCCUGCAAGCAGCUAUGUCUUCAAGAUCCGUCUGCAUGACAAGGUGAUUGCAAGUCAGGGCAUGAAGGUCCUUGUAAAGAAUGGUAAAGCACAGAUCACAAUGGUGAAAGCACAGGAGGCACGCUGGCCCAAGUAUGGAGAACUGCUCCCUGGAAAUGGUGUCGUUACAAGUCGAGAGGUCAAGUUUCAUGAAUGUAGCAUAGUAGCAGUUCAGAAGAUUACACAUGACACGAACAUUUACCGGGUCAGGCUUCCAAGCGCCGUUCACUUCAAAGUGCCAGUUGGCCACCAUGUUAUUGUCAAAGUCAAUGUUGAAGGUAUGGAUCUUACCAAUCCCUAUACGGUUGUACAGUCGCUCGUUCCCUCUUCCCCCAGCGGUGCUGAUGGGUGUGCAGUGGAUAUCCUGCUGAUGGUGAAGAUCUACCCGAAAGGCGUUGUAACACCGCACAUUGGCAAAUUAUCAGCUGGUGACACUCUUCGUGUCAGUGACCCGCAAGGUAGUUUUGACACGGCGAGCCUCGAAAACACGGAACACGUUGCACUCAUCGCUAUGGGAACUGGCAUCACACCAAUGACUUCGGUAAUAUCGCAUGUUCUCUCGUCAUCCACCGAGAGGAAAGUCCACUUGCUUUUCAGUAACAAAACCGAGUCAGAUAUCAUGUGGCGGGAAGAAUUGGACCAAGCUGUUUGCACCUCUUCAGGAAGACUGUCCGUUCAACAUACUCUUUCUGAGCCAGGUGACUCCUGGACUGGCGACAAGGGAAGAUUAUGUUUGAUGAAGGUCCAGCAAUUCCUAGACCCAAUUGUGAACAAGGAGAAGUUAUUAGUAUGUGUAUGUGGCUCGCCAAGCUUCAACGUUUCUGUUAAAAGGUGGCUAGCGGAACUUGGCUUCACCGCUGGUCAGUAUCACAUAUUCUCCUGAUGUGCAGCUUCGAUGUAUACUUGUAUACUCUUGAACAUUUUCACUUGAUCUGUGGAGCUAUGCUGCUGAAUUUUUCUUAGAUGUUUACAAAUUCUAGUUUUGACAGCACUUUAAAAAAAAUAUUCUAGUUGCUGACCAUGUCUCUGCCGAGCUAUGUGGAGCAUUCAGAUAGAAACCUUUCUUGCCUCUGGUUUAGGCGCCCUGUUAGCCCAUGCAACUAUCAGCACAGCAUUGCAGCUGUGCUGGUACACUUCAAGAAGUACACAAGUAAGAGAUGCAGGUAACAUCUCCCUUUUGAGCUUUUAAGUUAUACCCAAUGCACCCUGGCCUGAGACAAUUCUCAUUUUUGGAUUACUUCAGCUUCCCAUCACGUGCAUGUCCUCCUUCAUACAUCAUGUCCUGUCUUGCAGCUGCAGUAUCCUCGUUGCUCAUUUUGAUUCGCAGUAUUCUCAUUGCUAAUUGUGAUUUCCCACCUCCAUUUCUUUGGACAUGGAACCACAUGCGUCCACCCCGAAAGUUGCAAGUGCUGUCAUUGUCAACCCUGUCGUACAAGUACAUGUACUGGUAUCUCACUUUCUUCAAUGUACAGAAAAGUACAUGUUGUUGGCAUAGCUGACAAGAUGUGUUUCAAAUUA